AUGGCCCGUACUGAAUGUGCGGCGUGGACGGGCGGGUGCUCCCAAGCUCCAUGGUUAAGGGCCCCCGCGGGGUGGGUGGAGGAGGUUGGGAAGGACCGGCCCCGCUUCUCCCGAGAGCCUCCGGGCGGGGCCCGCGUCCCGAGCGGCCGGCUGGGCGCCCUGCCGGUAGGGGGCGCGCGCACGGGCCCGCGGCUGCGCGGCAGGCCCUCUCUGGCAGGAGAGGAAGCGACCACAGAGACGGAGGAAGUGGCCCUGACGCUCGGCCCGCGGUCUCCGAGCGGAGCUGGUGGCCCGCGCUCCCGCGCCACGCUGGCUGCGCUCGGGGCGGAGGGCGCGCGCGAAGGCGGGAUGCUCCCGGCCGGCCCGACCGGCGAGGGCCCGGCCCCCCCGGGCUGCUCCGAAAGCGGGGACGACGGGAAGAACGUGGAGGAGAAAAGUAAGCAGACCCCAUAGGCCUUAGCGCUGCCCACCGGCCACCUCUGCGAACCCAGCCCUCGGGGUCUGCGUCCCAGAGGGGUCUUUUAGAUGAAGUGUUCUUUUUUUUUUCUUUUCUGUACAGUAUGCUUGCAUAAUAUUAAAUACUGGUUGUAAUUGCACACA